UCCCUUCCUUCCUUAAGCCGCGCGAGCGCGACUACCCAACACCGGAUCAUCACGCUUCUACUCCCUCAUUUCCAUUUCUGCCUUCCGAGUCCGAUCUCAUAUCAACUCAAAACCUUCCAAUUCAGAACGCAACUUCCAAUGGCGGCGGAGCCCACCAAAAACGACGCCCACGUCGUGGAGAUCCCGGUCACCGGCGACGGAGCGGAGCCAGCCAGCGGCGCGUUCCUCGGCAAGGCGGCGUCGGGGCACCACCCGCUGGGCGAGAUCGCCGACAGCGGGGGCCACCUGCUGCUGCUCAAGCUGUGGCAGCGGGAGGAGUCCCGCCUCAACCGCCGCGCGUGCGCGCUCGAGGCGGUCAUGGACGCGGCGCGGCGGGACGCCUUCUACCUCUGCGCGGCCUUCCUCGCCCUCCACGGCCUCUCCCUCGCGCUCCUCUUCGCCGCCUCCGUCGCGGGCGGCCCCCCGUCGCGCGCCUGCGGGAGGUGGUGGGCGCCGUCGUCCCUGUCGCUGGCCGCCUCCCUCGCGCUCGCGGCGGCCGUGCAGCUCCGCGUCUGCGCCUACUGGCGCGCCGCGCGGCGGCUGCGGCGGGAGCGCGGCGACGCCCGGGCCCUCGCGCGGUGCGUGCAGGAGCUGCGCAUGAAGGGCGCCUCGUUCGACCUGUCCAAGGAGCCGCAGUGCGGGGUGACGAGGACCAACUGCGCCAGCGUCGAGGGCGCGGGGGCGUGGGGCCCGCUCCGGUGGUGCUACCGGAACGUCGUCACCGCAUGCCUCCUCGCCGUCGCCGCCGUAGCCUUACCCACCGGCAAGCUCAUCCUGUGCGCCUAGGACACAACCGAUCUGAGUUUUCGGGUCGCAGGCUUCCUGGUGAAUUGAUUCGGAGGAAACGAUGUGCUUCUAGGGCCGCAGGCUUCAUGGUGUUAUUUGCAUAGACAGAACACUGCUUGUGCUCCGAUGAUCAGAGAAUUUCCAACAUUUUUUCUCCGCCCCGAGAUGUACUCUUUGUAACGAUUCAAAGCUUACUUGUAUGAUCCAUUCAUAGCAGCUGCAACUCAAAAAGGGAAAUCGCAUACGGUUAUUCUGACUUCCUGCUUUAUACUCCAUGUGCUAGAAUUAGGAAUUCUCCAUGUGCUCUUCAACCCAAUUCUCCCUGCAAUCCUGUUGUUUUGACGACUCCAAAAAUUUGAAAGAAUUUGUUCGAUGAUGCA